AUGGAAUCAGUUGAUAUGAAAUCUCCAUGUGUAAAAUGCAGCAAAGGGUGUGGAAUAACGACAUGUAAUGGUUGUCAACAAGCGUAUUGUAUCGAUCAUUUUAAUCAACAUCGACAAGAACUUGCCAUUGAAGUAGAGAGUUUAGAUCAAAAACAUGAUCUUUUUCGUAAUAAUUUAGAUAGAAAAUUUACAGAGCAUCCUCUGCUGCUACAAAUCAAUCAAUGGCAACAAGAUGCUGUUAACACGAUUCAAAUGAUAGCAGAAACCGCACGAACUCUUCUUCGGAAAUUACUCGAUCAAACUAAGAAUGAAAUUGAAAAAUCAAUUAAAAAUCUUGCAGACGAACUUAGAUCAAGUCGAGAAUGCGAUGAUUAUACAGAAAUAGAUAUUAAAAAAUGGACUGGACAGUUACGAAUGUUGCGCAAAACAAUAGAAUCACCACCGACUAUUCUUAUCACUGAAAAUGAAACAUUAGUAAUGCCUUUAAUUAGUGUACAUAAUCAGGCAUCAACUUUUGCCACGGAAAAUUUCGCAAAUCAUACUGCUACCGUUGAAAAUUCAACUCAUCCUAGCGAAAGAUUUGACCAGAUUGUCGGAAAAGCGAUCACAUCUGAAGAAUGUCGCGUCAUUACAUGUAAUACAUGGUUUGUUUCUUAUCCGACUAUUUAUGGUAGUGGUCGUUACUCAUCUGGCGCACAUCGAUUAGAUUAUCAGAUUGAAAAAAUUGGAAAUUCGCCUAUCUUCUUUGGGAUUACUUCCUCAUUAGAAAGCGUACGAGACAAUGAUGAAAACGCCACAUCUAUUCAUGGAUGA